CAGGGUUGCAGAGAGACGCUGCGAUUGGCGUCCUCUGAUAAAAAAGUGCAAUAAUUCUUCUCAAAAAGUGCAAUAAAACUUGUUUGCAGUUCUCGGCACUUCACAAUGUCGCUUACCAUAGUCAAAUAUCGAAAAACAGCUGACGGCAUUCUGCCCAUAACGCCCACUGUGAUAUUUAGACCUAAAGUGCAAGUGCAGCCACAGCAAACUGUCAAGAAGGUAGCAGGCACUACUAUUGCUCUCGGCAAAAUACCUGCCGGAGCUAUUAUCAAGCCGAGUAUGAAACGCGCCUCCAGCAGCGCAACAUCUCCAGCCGCUCCUUUGGUAAAGACACCAAAAUAUGUGAUGCAGUCGAGCAGCUAUGCCAGUGCAUCGUCCCCUUCACUGGCCUGGCAAACGUCGUCCUCACCGCUGGCUAGCAUUAAGAAGGAAUCGUUAGGCGCUGCGAUUAGUUCCCUACCGCCCAAUACGAUUAUAAAAGCAACCACUAGACAGCCCGUAUCCACGACCAACAGCCCGUUGCCAGGUCAUGUAAGUGCACUGGGCACAGGAGCGUCGUCCCCUGCCGCAGCACCUGCGGUCGCCUCCGCGGUGCGUCAGGCUGUUUUCCUGAAACGCGACAUGCCACAACGCACCAUGCGCAGCAUGACAUUGGGCUCAAUUGAUAUGGCCCCCACGCUGCAUCUGGGCGUAUCUAGCGCACAUUUGCCACUGUUUAAGCGGCACAUUUGUAAAUACGCUAAUCUGUCGCAUCUGGACUGCUGCGUAACGCUGCGAAAGCUGCGUCUGAACGAACCCUUUGCCCUACUCGCCGAGUUCUUUGAGCUGAGCGAGCAAGAUGUGGAACAGACAUUCAAGCGUACUCUUGUCAAGCUGGCACGCUGCCUGCGUCCGCUCAUCCGCUGGCCAGACGCCAAGCACUACUCUGAACGCUUAAAGCACAUGCCAUUAGCCUACAGAGCCAACCUGCUGCAUGUGCGAUCGCUGAUUGAGUGCGUUGAGACGGAGGUGAGCGAGACGCUCAAUUUUGGCUGCGACAGCUACAAGUUUAUCCUGUGCCUCAACACGAAUGGUGUUAUUAGCUAUGUGUCAGAUGCCUUUCGUGGCGACUGCGAUGAUCUGCAAUUGUUUGAGACUUCCAAUUUUAAGGACAUUAUACCCAAGUAUUUAACGCUAUGCGCGGAGCCAGGCAAAGCUGUUAGACGCUCACCUAAAACCAAUACAGAUGAUGGCCUAACAGAUGAGGAGUACGAGGCACAGGAUGAUGAGCCGAAGCAAAUCCUGAGCAAAUUUGAUGAACAGCGAUUGGCUGGCCAAUUGGCCAACAUGCAAACGCUGUCCGUCACGAAUGGCGCACUCACCUCCACACGUGCACCGCAGCUCCAGUUGCCUACGUUGCGCGUCAAUGAGCCCGCCUGUCGCACACAGAUGCGUCACACGAUCGACACGUUGCGAGAGUUCAAGAUACUUGAUCACUGUGCUUUGCAGCAGACCCCACUGCUCGGUUAUUUGAACGAGAUGCUGAUUGUCGCUGCGGCGCUUUGUAAUCUGCAGCAGCAGUAGAGUAGCAAAAGUUUAGCUUAAAUUUAAACAACACCUGUUUUAAGGUCGUUACACUCGCGAUUAUGUACACAAUAUGUUAGCAUUACAAUUUAAAUUUUGAUACUAAAUGUUGUAUUUAGUCACUUUUAAUUACUGUAAUUUCCAGCGGCAACAGCAACAGAAGCUGGCACUUUCACAUGCCUGCUCUUUGUUGUUAGCACAGCCCUUGAUUUACUGUAGCUGUUGCUUGUAGCAAUUGCAUUUUGUGUAUAUUUUAAUAGCUUUGUAUACACUUUGCAGCGGGUCCUAUAACUUUGUCACGCACUGAGCAAGACAUUCAAGGAAUCCGUUUAGUAUAUUGUACAUAUCCUUAAAUUUGUUUAAGCCUUUAAUCAUGCCAUGUAGCACAUAUGCGUAUACAUAUCACUAUAUCAUAUAGUUUCUUCCAUGGCAACAAUCGGUCAAAUAUUGAGUUUUCUUUCGAUCAAUAUAAUCAAUAACAAAAUAACAAAUAUCAGGCAUUUCUGUCAGCAAGGGUAUAACAUUGUCGGCAACCCGAGCUUAAAAAUUCGUUUCUUCUUGCCAUAAGCUUCAUAAAGAGCUGUGUUUAGUAUGCAGUGCAACAGGUUGCCGCGGCUGCUGUUGCUACUGAGGUGGCUACUGCAAUUUGACAUUGUUGACCUUUAGCAACUAGGCAUUGUUUAUAUUUAUGCACACAUAUAUGUAUGCCAUUCCAUGCCUUGUGUUCAUAUAGUUUCAAGUAUUUUAUAUUUUCAUGGCUUACACAACCUUUUCGAAAUGGCCGUAGUUGCCGUGCUUUAGACACCCACGAGCUGUGUUAAGAUCUAUUUGUGCAGCUGUUUGGCGCCUCUGACGUGCGUUUUAAAUUGCGAUGUUUGCUUUUAAUUCCCUAACUGGCAGAUGUUUUGAAACUGUCAUUCAUUUUA